UUAGCUACAAAGCCUUUUCUUUAUUUUCUUUUUUGCCCUUCUCUUUCAUGAAAGGAGAGCGAAGAAUAACUGAAAGCGUUAGAAACAGAAAGCAAAACUUGCAAUUUCUGAGGAAGAGAAGAAAUGGGUACAUUGAGAAUACCAGAUGUAAUUCCUUCUCCUACUGAAGACUGUGAAUCACUCAUGAAAGCCUUCAAAGGCAAAAAGAGAUUAGCUACUGGUUGUUCCAUGUACAUAAAAGGGCUGGGAACAAAUGAGAAGUCAGUAAUAUCGGUGUUGGGGCACAGAGAUGCAAGUCAGAGGAAGAAGAUCAGAGAAACCUACGAGCAACUUUACAACAGGUCCCUUGUUGAUGACAUUUUUGAUGAAUUAUCUGGUGAUUUCGGGAAAGCUGUAAUCAUGUGGACAUAUGAGCCUUCUGAAAGAGAUGCGAGACUAGCAAAUGAAGCCUUGAAGUCGAGAAAGAAAACCAUCACUCAGUUGCAAGUGAUAGUAGAGAUAGCCUGUGCGUCAUCUCCUGAUCAUCUCGUCGCUGUAAGACAAGCAUAUUGUGGCCUCUUCAACUGUUCACUUGAAGAAGAUAUCACAGCAAAUGUCCCUAUGCCUGUUCAAAAGAUUCUUAUUGGUCUAGUCAGGUCCUAUAGAUAUGUUAAAGAAUUGGUGGAUCCUAGUACUGCAAAUGCAGAAGCUGCUGUCCUUCGCGAAGCCCUACGGACAAAACAGUUGGAUCAUGACAAUUUUCUGAUGAUACUCAGCACAAGGAAUGUUCAUCAGCUUAGAGCAACUUUUGAGUGCUACAAGCAAAAUUAUGGAUUCUCCAUUGACCAGGACAUUAAGAGCUGUGGAAAAGGUCUGUUGGAAUCUAUUCUGAAGGUGGUUAUCUGGUGCAUUGAUUCACCAGAGAAACAUUUUGCUGAGGUUGUCAGAGCCUCGAUUGUCGGGAUAGGAACUGAUGAGGAUUCUCUAACAAGAGCCAUUGUAGCUCGAGCUGAAGUUGAUAUGAUGAAAGUAAGGGGAGAGUAUUUCAUCGCGAACAAGACCAGUCUUGAUAAUGCAGUUAUUGGUGAUACAUCAGGUGAUUACAGGAAGUUCCUGAUGACACUGCUUGGUGCCAAAGUGUAGAUCUUUGGACCUGAUCAUUGUGAUUUAGUGUUUUACUACUAUAAUUCUACUUUGUAUGAUCUGAAAAUGCUAUAUGAACAUUAUUGGGUGGAUUUGGAGUCCGAGUUUGUAUAUAAGUUUUGUGGUUCGUCA